UUUACCCAGGAGAGUAACACAGUCUAGAGAGGGCACUGUCAACUCCACUCAAACUACAGCAGCUACAAGAGAGCUUCAUCUAAACACAGAGAGACACAUCUAAAACACAGCCAUGGUGGAGUGGACGGAAGAAGAGCGAAACUUCAUCCGGGAGAUUUUCAGUAAGCUUAAGUAUGAAGAUGUAGGUCCUAAAUCCCUCUGCAGGGCUCUGAUCGUGUAUCCCUGGACUCAGCGCUACUUCGCUCAUUUUGGGAACCUGUAUAACGCUGAUGCUAUUAUGGCUAAUCCGGAGGUGAUCAGGCAUGGAGCAGUGGUGAUGCACGGCCUAGACGUGGCCUUGAAGGACAUGAACAACAUCAAGAGCAACUACGCAGAACUGAGCGAGCUGCACUCUGAGAAACUACACGUAGAUCCGGACAACUUCAAGCUGCUGGCAGACUGUAUUACAGUGGUGAUCGCCACCAAGAUGCGCGCCGGCUUCACCCCACCCAUGCAGGCUGCCUGGUACAAGUUCCUCUCAGUGGUUGUCUCAGCUCUUAGCAAACAGUACCACUAACCACCUUUACACACAUUUGUACACUGUAUAAAUAAAAGAAUCAUCAGUUCAAGCUAAAAUAUUGAAUAUUGUAACAAAUUAACAGAUACUCUUAACAUAAUAUUUACAUUAGUUCAGACUUCAGAACAGUCUUUACAGUGCCCUGUAGCACUUUUAACAGCUGCUUUGUAAAAGACAAGCAACUUGUGCACUUUUUAAUAAGAAUCUAUCUGGAACAUGUUAGGCUGCAUAGGGUCACUGUUACAUAAAAACCUUCUACCUGCAAAUAGCAACUGUGGAAUUGAUUUUGUAAGUAAAGUCUAAGAAACGUAUAAAUAAGUGAACCAAUUAACUAAUAAGACACACUUAUGCACAUUUGUGAGCAUAGUUACUGUUUAUUUUCUUAAUUUUACAAAACAAAUGAUUUUCACAGACACUUUUUCUAUGUCCCAUUAACUAAGCGAAAGAAGCCUGCACUGAUCUGCAGAAUACUCGUCUGGGGCCUCCUGUAUUGAAUGUGGACGUGAUUUCUGUCAGAGUUAGUUGCAUGGACAAUGGAAGCCAGAAAGAUUGCUAAUAAGUGGAUAAUAAUAUGGUAAUAUUAUGGAAAUAAGUUGUAUUUAUCUAUAAAUUAAAUAUCUAUUUUCUACUAGUUAGUAAUUAAUAAAUCAGUAAUUGUGGAGGUAACAGCUCAGUAACAAUAAAAAGAUUGUGACUGUAGAAAAUAGUAAAUCUAGAGUUGUAAUAAUAUAUACAUAGAUCGAUGGGUAGUAAAAUUUGAUCUCAAAUUAGUAUCAACUAUUAUUAUUAUCAACUAGUUUCCACAACGAAUACUAAUAUAUUAACCAAGAAUUACAAACUUUUUAUUCAUUUAAGGUAAGCACUACUUGUUACCCUUAAUUUACUAUAUUCUUUUUGACUACCACCACAAUCCCAUUUUUUUACUUGUUUGAAUGAGUAGAAAAUGAUGUGCACAUCAUUUAUUAUGUAAAUAAAAGGUUUUAGCCAUAUUUUGCAAAUUAUCAUUUAAAUUUAACUUAUCCAUGAGGAACUUGAAGGAAUAAGUAAAAAAUAUGUUAGUACAAUGUCUCCAUAAUUUUCCAAAUAAAUUACAUAUUUGUUCUGAUUUGUUAUUUAGUAUCAACUAGAAAAUGAGAAAAUAAUUAAUAAUAAAUACGUUACCAUAAUAUUACCAUGUCAUUUCUUACUUUUUACUGUUCUGUAACCUUUAUUCUGUACAAUUACAGAAUAAUUAUUUAGUAAGAAAUACAAAAUGGUCUUUAUCUGGUAAUUAUUUAAAGUGUAAAUACAACUUGUUACCUUAAUAUUAUUAUAUUAUUACCCAAUUGUUACAGAGCUGUUACCUCCAUAAUUACUCAUUAAUUAAUUAGUAACAAGUAAGAAAUAAAUUAAAUGAUAUUUAUUUUAUAGAUAAAUACAACUUGUUAACAUAAUAUUACCAUAUUAUUACCCUGUAAACAGGAAUCAAUGUGUGAUAAUUGCUGUUGGCUAAUGUUAAACAUCACUCACAAGAAAACACCUUAGAACUUGUACAGGUGUGGGCAUUUGCGUUGUCCCCUGAGGUAACCGUUUUUGGUCUGUUGACCAUGUUUGUGUGAUACAGUCUAUGUACUUUAUUUAACAUACACUUUAUUUAACAUACUGCAAAAAACUGUAAUUAUCACGUCAUGUUUAGGACCUGUGAUGAUGUAAGACUUAGUUACAGAUUUCUUUCUAAAGCACCCAGAUAUUUAAUCCAGCGGUAGCAUCAGCUCACGAUUUACUUUUAAAGAAGCACAGAUUGGCCAAUCCAGACCAGACAGGAUGAAAACAAUAUUACUGGACUUUCCCUGCAAUUCUAGAGAGCUUUGAUUAAAAUUAACACACAAAACAUUCAUUUUUUUACGUGUUAAUAUUAAUACCUGUGCUUUUCUGAGCAGUUGAAUAUUAGCAUAUCCGUGUCCUCAAGGUGUAUACUCAUCUUCUAUAUUUUCACUUGUUCAUUAGUAAUGUUUGAUAUUAAACAUAGUGAUAAACUG